AUGGCUCAACCUCGCUAUUAUUGGCCGCCCAGUAUCCCAUAUCUUGGACCACUGCCGCCUCUGAAUGGGGAUGAGGAUGAGGACCCGCCCAUGUCCAACCCUGACGAGAGCGAUGAUUUCAUCGCAAUGACGGAAUCACAGUCGACUAUCAAGACCCAGUUGGACGACUAUCCCAACCAGGGACAACCUCACGCCGUCCUCAUGGCAGGCCAGGUCAUGGCAGGCCCAGAUACUAACUCCUCGCAGUCCUCUCAACUUCCGAGUUUAGGUUACACUGGCAAUACCACCAGUAUAUCCACGACAGAAGAUCAUGUUGCACAAUGGCAACUGCUGAACUCUGAGAGCACAACACACGACAUCCCGCAACGUGACGAGAGAGAUUCUAUCGUCGCGGGGAUCGAUCCGAAUCUCUACGACAGGCACCGUGUCCCGCAGGUUUUCCCCAAUGAGAUUACGCUCGAAGAGCUCCGGCCCUCGGCCGAUCUUGAGUGGGAAGCAAUAUCCCCGGCGACGACGGUUGCCCAACCCCCGGAGCCGGACCCGGCGAGAAGGCCCACCACUCGAGAGGAGAGGGGCAUCCCAGGCCAAGAGAGCUUCGUCUCGGGGCUUGGCCAUGCCUCUGAAUCUUUCAUAAGGCUGAUUGACAGACAUCAUGGCCCCGAGCAACGCUCCCAAAUCCAACGAUGCCUGCAGACCAUAAUGGACCGCGCCGCUGAUGACCACGAGGUCGAGCAGCUCCCCACCGGGCCGCCCGAAGCUCCCAACCGGCAGGUUGACCGAAUCAAACCCACCUAUCAAUGCCCAGAUUGUGGUUUCAUAAGCAGCAAUCGCCACGUCUUCAAGCGCCAUGUCGACGACAAACACUAUCACGAGUGCGAGUACUUAUGUCCUUUUCCUCGCUGCCCAUAUGUGAGGUAUAGGAAGGACAAGAUCCAGCAACACUGCAACCAAACCCACCAUGAAACUGCGGUGCAGGACGCAAUUGAACGGCGGAAGAACCCGUUUACUUGCCCACCCAUCUGUCCGAUCUGUACGGUGAUCACCCCCGACUGGGAUGCGUUCUGGUUGUGCUAUCUAGAGCACUGUUUGAUCAGUGUGCCACCGUCCAACGCCCCCUCAUCUUCCCAAGGAACCGACAAUCAUGGGAAUGGGCCCCACCGAGAUCCUUUCGGUGGCAGCUCGUACAUGGACGGCCACAGUGCCGGUGGCCCUUCCUUGUCUAUGCCAGGGAAUUCUCAACCCGGCAAUGCUGGGGAAUCGGGCUACCGUCGUUCGGGCCCUGAGACGAGUGGUCGAUGGAGGACCAAUGCGAGACAUCGGUCUUGCACCCCCUCUGUGCCCAGGACUUCCUCCGCAAGGCGAGUGAGGCCGAGGGCGCGGGCGGCAAAUCCUCCCCGCUCUCCCACCACCGCCGCGCGCAACAACCCACGGGGCGGUGUCAGCCGGCCUCGAAGGCAGCGACCAACUGUGCAACGUCCACGAGAGCAGCCGUCCACUCCGGCUAGGCGGAUGUGCAAUAAUUGUCGUCAACUCUUAAAUGACUGUUCUGGCUGCUCUAGUAACCCGCAAUCGACAAAUUGGUGUCAUGUGCGCCUCGAUGCCCCAGUUGUUGCUGUCGGCCAGGUCAUUCAGCCUCAAAACGGCCCAUACAUUGUGGACACGCCUCCCGCCAGCCAAGUCGUGAACUACAUAGAUCCCUCUGUACUAAGCCCAGAGGCCGGCUUUCUGAACCAAAUAAUGCCGACGAUGGUCCCUUCUGCCCACAGGAUCUAUGAAGCCAUGCGGCAUCGGCAGCAGGAAGGCGCCCCGCACCGCAUGGCCUCUCCCAUGGGCACCCAGCAGAGCACCGUCAGAGACAAUCGCCCCGUCCGGGUUCUUGCAUUGUCAGAUGUUCUUGUGCACGGCAUGUCCGAGACCCAGAUGGAGUCGGCUAUCCUAGCCUCCAAGACGGGACGGGGCGUCAAAAAGGCGCAAAUGGAGGGAUUAUGGCCUGUUAUCCUCCCCUACCGGAUUCCGCGACUCCAUAAGCCUCUUAAGGGAGUGAGCACGAUUCCGUUUGGCGGCCUGGAAGUUGCGACCCGACAGGCCAUCGGCCCAUCUACGUUUGGCUCAUUCACCCCGUCUUCGGAGUGUCAGUGUCAAUGUCGCACCGGUAGCGCAGACCUCGCUCCUGGUAGAAGGGUCGAGAUAAAUUUCAAGCUGGCGCGUGGAGGCCAUGGCACAGGGCAUCCACUCCAGACACGUGUCCAAGUAGUCGUCCGGAUGUUGAGGCUGCGUUCUUCCGUCGCCAAGACAGCACAUGGCCAGCACAAGAAGGAGGCCAAGGCAGCUCUUAAGGAGGCUCUUGAGUCUACCCUAGACGGCUCCGAGAUCACCACCAAAGAGGAUCUUGACGAUUCGGCUGAUGACUCUGAUGUCGACUCGAUCGCUGACUCCUCCUUCUCUGCAAGCAGCUCAAGAAGGUCCUCGUGCACUGACCUCACGCUGCUUUCUCCCCCGCGGCCCAGCUCGCCCACGUGGUGGAGUUGUGACGAGGACACUCUGUGUGGCGAUGGGAAGCUAGGUCAAGAUUCAGAGCUCAUUGCAGAAGAGGAGAAGGAGUUGGAACUCGGUUUUGACCUUGAUCUCCCGGGAUCACUCAACAAGCUUGCGCGUUGGAGUGGAGUUUCUACCGAUGAUGCCUGCUCUGGUCUAUCGUUCCGGCAGUCGGAUCAAGUUUUUGAGUAUUUCAUGAAAUACUUGGUCUUUGUUAUCUUCUCGCUUGCACGUUCGCGGGACCGUGCUUUGUUUGACCUGGCAAAGACCCCAGGCAAAUGA